AUGUUCCGGCAGUUAUUCAAGCCUCUUGGCGUCUUCAACUCUACACUUGCCCGUUCCGUUCUCACAAUAUGCAUCUCUCAGAUGGCUUACGGGUUCGACAACCAAGGUUUCUCUGGGAUCCAAUCCAUGGAUGCCUUUGAGCGGCAAUUUGGCAAAUGGGAUCCCAAAACCAAGGCCUACGUUCUCCCCACGACAUGGCUGUCCAUGUUUAAUUCCUUUGGCUUCAUUGGGCUCUUUGUGGGUGUGUAUAUAGGUAGCAUGGUGAGUGAGCGUUACGGCCGCCGAUGGUGCAUGUUCUCGAUGAGCUGCUGGGCCCUCGUAACGGCUACCAUCACCAUCACAUCGAGGAGCUCUAGCCAGAUUAUGGUGGGCAGGGUGCUCAACUACCUGUUUAUGGGAAUGGAGCUGUCCGUUGUGCCUGUGUUCCAGGCAGAGAUCACCCCCAAAACUGCGAGAGGAUUUGUCGUAGGAACUUACCAGCUUUCCCCAACGAUUGGCGGCCUUGUGGUCAACGCGGUUUGCUAUGCGACGCAGUAUCGGAAAGACAAUUCCCAAUUCCUGAUCCCGUUCGGGUUAUUCUAUAUCAUCCCAAGCUUCAUUAUCUGCAGUAUUUGGUUCAUCCCAGAGUCUCCGCGCUGGCUAGUCUCAAAGGACCGCCACGAAGAGGCUCUCAUUGAAUUGACUCGCCUUCGAACGAAGCGCUUCACACCUGAAGAAAUCGACGAAGAGCUACAGGACACCAUCCUUGGCUUCCAGCUCGAGCGCGAUGCCCAAAAGGGUUCACUCCAGGAAAUAUUCGCAGGGACAAACCUGCGCCGCACCCUCAUUGUCUUCGCCGUGAAUUUCUUCCUCCAGGCCACGGGCCAGGUGUUUACCUCCAAGUACGGCGCUAUCUUUAUCAAGAGCCUAGGGACGAUCAACCAGUUCAAGAUGUCCAUGAUCAGCGCCGUGAUCAAUUUUUUCGUCUCCCUCGGCUCCAUGUGCAUUGUUGACACAGUAGGUCGCCCGAGGAUGCUGGUAAGUGGCGGCAUCGUCCAAGCCGCAGCACUCAUGACGAUGGGUGGGCUCGGAACCGUGUCCAACGCAUCGUACGAGGUCAGAUCGGCCAUUGUAGCCAUGAUGGUUCUGUACGGGACUUCUUUUACCUUUGGGUGGGCACCACUCGUCCACACUCUGUCGACCGAGCUCCCCAGUGCGCGGCUCCGCGACGUGACAUAUCGAUGUGGCGCUCUCGUCAAUGUUGCCACAACCUUCGUCGUUUCAUUCACCCUGCCAUACCUCCUGAACGCAGGAUACGCGAACCUCCAGUCCAAAGUUGGGUUCGUAUACGGCAGUUUUGCUGUCUUGUCGGUCAUCUUUGCGUUCUUUUUUGUUCCCGACUGUCGGGGCCGCUCGUUGGAGGAAGUUAACAGGCUAUUCGAGGCGAAUGUCCCUGCUCGGAAGUUUCAGUCGGCGAAUAUCGCUGAUAUUGAGCCGGUUGAGGAGACGUCAACAACCACAAAGAGCGAUCGCACGCAGACGCGACUUGUGUGA